CAACAAUAGGAAAAAUAAGAUCCGAUUCAGGAAAUGCCAUAUAAAUAAAUUCGAAUAUCAUAUCUCUAGUACACUAGUUAGGGACUACCUGGGAAGGCUACGUCCAUAUUUACGAUGAAGGGUUACUUAAUUCUACUGAUUGUGGCAAUUACAGUUAUUAACGUAGAAGCUUGGCAAGCAAUAAUACUUUCUGAUAAUGGAACAGAGCACCUUGGCGACUGCUAUACAACCGAAGACGGUAUAGGUUCCAUGAAAUUGGGCGAACAGAGGCAACUAAAAGGCGAAUGUGUUCUAUUACGUUGUUCAGAUGAUAGACAGAUAAUUAUGUCGGGAUGUGGUGUGGCAGAUACUGAACCUCCCUGCAUUUUGCUGCCAAGAGAUUUUACUAAAGAUUAUCCCGAAUGCUGCGAACAAGAUAUAAGCUGCCCCCCAGAACCUGCCGCGUUUUUCUAAAGAGAUUAUUUUCAAUGGAGCUGAACGAUUUGUAAAUAAAUAAAAUUUAAAUAUAUUUGCAAUAUUGAAAUUAAACAUUUUUAAGAUUAUA